CAAACAAAUAAUCAAAAUAAAAUUUCAUCCAGUAUAGUGCACCUGACCGAGAAAGUGCAGGGCAUUUAAUCGCUUGUCAGUAAUAAAGAGAUUGAAUUUCAAAAACGGAUAAUAACUGGAUAUUUGACAGUUGCAGUUCAAUGGACCAUGUCUAUUCAGCCAGGUCUAGGUAUAUUUGGCAUAUGGCGUGAAACAAGUUUAAACCUUCAUAUUUAUUGGCAAUGGCAUUGUGAAAUUGUAGUCGUAUAAGGUUUUAAAAAGAACGGAUUAAGCGAAACCAACAAAACACUGGGAAACAGUCGAAUGCUGUUGAAAAAUCAUUCAGUUUUUCUGAGUUUAUUUUUUCUUCAGUAAGAAUUCGUUCCGAAACCUAAGGAUCGUUCUUGCGUGAUUUGGUAAUCGGACGAUUUGGGACCUCGAUGAAUAUACUGUUCUGUUCUACGUCAUAGAGUCGGUGCCGUUGCUGUGUGUGCCGCGAGUCAAUACAGUUUUCAGAACAAUACUCGGAUUAAGUGGACACAUUUAAUGCUGGACUGAAACUUUUUUUUUUAACUUAGUUGUGAACUUUUCUUUUCGUGGAUAUUUCUUUUCAAACCAAACCUUUUUUCCUGGUGUUGUGGGAUAAUUUACGGUGCCCGUAAAGUUCGAUGAAACAAUAUUAAGACUCUGACUGGACUUUGGCGUUAUGACGGAAGUAUGUGUCCAGUAUGAUGAUACGCCUAGGAUACUCGUGAACAAACAGUCCUUGUUUUUUGGAGGCUAAGGAGAAAUAAAAACACCCAUUUUAUCUGAAUGGCAAUGAAGGGAAAAGAUGGUGACAAAAAUCAUCUAAGCCCCAACGAUCACUGUGUUAUCGCAGGAAAGGAUGGGCGGGUUUCUCCGGCCCUGUCGUGGCGUCCCUCGUCCGCUCGGAGCUCCAGGGUGGGGGACGAGGAGGAACCCAAGGACUUAUUCCGACAGUACGUCCAACGGUCAUGGGACGAACAGCUUCACAGGGAAAAGGAGGCCCAGAAAAAGUUAGACAAGAACAAUGGCAAAGCAGUUGCUCAUCUCGUGGACGGUGAGUUAAAGUUUGAGGAGGAUGAGGAGGAGAGUAAAAAGACUCGGGACCCUGCCCUGCAGGAGGGGAAUAUCUUGCCGGACGAACUUGGGGAUGAAUUCCCUAGCGAACUCUAUGGGAAACCCUUGGAGGAAAUUGACAAAUAUAUCAAAGACAAGACUUUUGUGGCGAUCGCUCCUCGCUUCAGUAACAAAUACAUUCACCGAUUCCAUGCAACCAAAGCUCUGGGGCUCUUAACGCCUUGGAAUCCAGUUAGAAAAUUGUCUGUGUACAUUGCCACCAAUCAGUUUUUUGACUAUCUAGUCAUAUUGACAAUUUUGUGUAAUUGUGUCUUCUUAGCUAUGCCAGAUGACCCUGCCUCAGAAACUGCAGAAUAUGUCUUUCUAGGAAUUUAUACCAUGGAAUGUGUUGUAAAAAUUCUAGCACGUGGUUUAAUAAUAAACAAGUUUACAUAUUUACGAGAUCCCUGGAACUGGUUGGAUUUUAUCGUCAUUAUAUCGGCAUAUAUCACCAUAGUCAUAGAUAUGACGUCAACUCCAAGUGCAGAAGGAGAAGAGGAUGGAAGUGUUUUCAAUCCUCAGAUGUUACGAACUUUCCGAGUGUUGCGAGCUCUCAAAACAGUCUCCAUAGUUCCAGGGCUGAAGACAAUUGUGGGUGCAUUACUGCGGGCUUUCAAACUUUUAUUCGAAGUCAUCAUUCUAACCACCUUCUGUCUGAUGAUCUUUGCCUUGUUCGGUCUUCAAGUGUACCUGGGAGUCCUGCGACAGAAAUGCGUGGCAGAUGUCCCAGCAUACACUGCAACCGCCUCCCUGUCCAACACAGCUUACUACAAUGACUGGAUCAAAAACUCUUCUAAUUGGUACCAGAAUGAAGAAGGAGAAUACUUGAUUUGUGGCAAUGCCUCAGCAUCAGGUGAAUGCCCCGGCGGAUACACCUGCCUUCCAGAUAUAGGAGAGAACCCCAACUAUGGCUACACAAGCUUCGACCAUUUUGGUUGGGCUAUGCUGACUUCGUUCCAGCUGAUCACUCUGGACUUCUGGGAAGACUCUUAUAACAAGAUUAUCCGAGCGAUGGGUCCGUUGAAUGUCUUGUUCUUCGUGAUUGUUGUUUUCUUUGGGUCGUUCUACCUGAUCAACCUUAUGCUGGCCGUUGUAGCAAUGUCGUACGAGGAGGAGGCAGUCAACACCAAUAGGGAAAAAGAGGAAAAGGAAAGGAAAGAAGCUGUGAAAGAUGCUAAAGCAAAAGAUGCAAAAGAUGCCAAAGAAAAAGAAGCUAAAGAGGCUAAAGAAGCUAAAGAAAAGGAAGAUGCAAAAGAAAAGGAAGCUAAAGCCACAAAAUGGAAACCACCAGAGGACACAAAACAGUCAAAUGGGACCAACAACAACAAGGACUCCAAAGAUUCAAAAGUAGGUACCGAUUCUAAAUCUGGAACUGUUACAAUAAAUGGAAAAACUAUGCAAAAUCAUGGCAGGGGUCGUAAUCCUAUGGUCAAAAUGCCAAGCAAGGAUAGCGGAUACUCAGUGCAGAGCAAUGUAAGCUCUCACUCAGGAGGUAGCAAGGAUAAGGAUGAGCCUGAUAAUAUCAGCCUUGACAGCCAGUCCAACCCACGCAAAGCAGAUUCUGGCACCGGGUCCUUGUCACAUGGUCUUAACACUGACAGCCUAGAUAAAAAGACGACCACGCCUGUAAAGCCAUUUCUGAAGCAGGACAGUCUGGCCAAUGUUUCCUCUUCGGGCAUACAUCUUGGUGAUAGUGAUGACACUGAAUCAGCCAAGCAGAAGCCAAAGAAACCACCCCCAAAGAUCAUCAAAGGAAGCUUAAAAAACAGUGGUGAAGAAAGCACAGGAAAAAAUGAGCCCAAUACCCUAGUGGACCGUAACCACGAGUGUCUGGCAGGGUGCUGCAAGUGCUACAUCCCUUGGCUGAGGGUCCAGAACCUGGUCUUUAUCCUUGUCUCUGACCCCCUGUUUGACCUGUUCAUUACCUUCUGUAUCCUGAUCAACACCAUCUUUAUGGGAAUAGAGUACCACAACAUGCCACAGGGACUCGUGGAUGCCACCACAUGGGCCAACUUUGUCUUCACUAUUAUUUUUACUCUGGAGGCUGUGUUGAAGUUGUGUGCUUUUGGAAAGUUUUACUUCUCCAAUGGCUGGAACAACUUUGAUCUGGUAAUCGUUGUGGCCAGCUGGCUGGACUUUGGGCUGUCUGAUGUGGAAGGAGUCAACGUCAUCAGGACAUUCAGACUGUUGAGGGUUUUCAAGUUAGCCCAAGCCUGGCGCACCAUGAGGGUUUUGCUGAGCAUCAUUAUGAACACUCUUGGAGCUUUAGGAAAUCUAACUGUCAUCCUUGUAAUUAUCAUCUACAUCUUCGCAGUGAUAGGACUCCAGUUGUUUAGAAAAAGCUACACUGCAGAUAAAUUUGGAGAGGAUGGGGUACCAAGAUGGAAUUUCAACACGUUUUUCCAUGCCUUAAUGCUGAUUUUUCGAAUCCUGUGUGGUGAGUGGAUAGAGGAGCUGUGGAACUGUAUGAGGGCGGCCGAUGAACUCUGCAUGGUGGUGUUCCUACCCACACUCGUGUUUGGAUACUUCAUUGUUCUGAACCUUUUCCUUGCCUUGUUACUCAACGCUUUCGGGAGUGAAUCUCUGAAAGGAGGGGACACUGAUGCAGAGGACGAUAAGCUAGCUCUGGCUUUCGCCAAGAUCAAAAAUUUGUGCUGUUGCUGCUGUAGUAAAUUCAGGAAAAAGACGGCAAGAACCGCCUCUGUGGGACCGGAUGAGAUGGAUGAGGAAAAACAGAUUGGGAUGACAGACUUGGAGGAUGACAAACAAGCCAAGGAUAAACCUGUAGCAAAUGGAACUGUGAAAGCAAAUGGCGUCAAACACAAGGAUGGAAAAGAAGAAGUUGAUGAGGCAUUUAAAGCUAAAAGAGACAAGUUUUCUGAUUUUGAUGCGGCACGGAAAGCCUCUAAAGCAAAGGAUUCAACAGCAAGUAACUCUGGAAGUACAUCGAAAGCAGAGAAGGAUGGUAAAGACUCCAAGGAGAAGAAAGAUAAGGAUGGCAUGGCCCUUGGAGCUGAAGCUGAUGGUAUGGAUGAUGAAGACGAUGAAAACAAAGAGACCGUGGUAGAGGACUGCCUUCCUCCAUUCUGCAUGGCAAAAUGUUUGAAAUUGACUGGCCACGCUCUUUGGUCAGACUUUGAUGAAUCAAACUUUGGAAAAAAAUGGAACAAAUUUCGUUUCUUCAUGUGUAAAAUAGUUGAGCACAAAGCUUUUGAAUAUUUCAUUCUUGUGUGCAUUGGCUUGAGCAGCAUGUCACUGGCCUUUGAAGAUGUUUAUCUCUAUACUCGCCCAGAGCUCGAGGCUGCUCUGUACUACACCAACAUCAUCUUUGCUGUGCUCUUCACCGUUGAAAUGUUGAUGAAGUGGGUUGCCUUAGGAUUUAAGAAAUACUUCACCAGCUUCUGGACAAUUCUAGAUUUUGCCAUUGUUGUAAUCUCUUUAGCUAGUCUGAUAGCAGAUGCUACUGGUGGUGAAGAUAUAUCAGCAUUCAGGUCACUCAGGACUCUCCGGGCAUUUAGACCUUUGAGGGCAAUAUCAAGAUGGCAGAGCAUGAGGAUUGUGGUGAAUGCCUUGAUGUUGGCUAUCCCAGCUAUCUUGAACGUGCUGGUGGUCUGCAUGGUUUUCUGGCUAAUCUUCAGUAUAAUGGGUGUCCAGUUCUUUUCUGGGCGGUUCUACAAAUGCAAGGAUUCCUCCGGGGAGGUACUAUUGCCGAGCGUGGUGGCCAACAAGUCGCAGUGUCUGGCUAUGGCUGCCACCCACAACUACUCCUGGGUCAACUCCAAUAUCAACUUUGACAAUGUUCUCAAUGGCUACUUGGCUUUGUUUCAAGUGGCUACUUAUGAAGGCUGGAUGGAGGUGAUGGAUGAUGCAAUAGAUUCUACAAAGGUGGAUGAGCAGCCAAGCUUUGAGAACAACCUCUUCAUGUACCUAUAUUUUGUGGCAUUCAUCAUCUUUGGCUCCUUCUUCACACUCAACUUGAUUAUUGGUGUCAUCAUUGACAACUUUAAUGCAUUGAAGAAAAAGUAUGAUGGCAGUGCCUUGGACAUGUUCUUGACUCAAGGUCAGAAGAACUACAUGAACACACUAAAAAAGCUUGGAUCCAAAAAACCUCAGAAAACCAUCAAAAGACCAAAGGCUGCUAUCCAGGCCGUCUUCUACGAUGUCUCCGUGAGCUCCAAGUUUGACCUAUGCAUAGUGAUUGUGAUAUUCCUGAACAUGAUAGCUAUGGCUGUCGACCAUUACAAAAUGACUGAUUACGUCUCCAACAUCCUGGACAUUCUCAACAUCCUCUUCACGACUAUUUUCACCCUUGAGUGCGUGAUCAAGAUCAUCGGCCUGCGACAUCACUACUUCAGACAACCCUGGAACGUCUUUGACUUUGUGGUUGUUGUCCUGUCACUCUUGGGCAUUGUGUUGGCAGAUGUUCUAGCCAAUAGCUUUAACCCGACACUGCUUCGAGUCCUGAGAGUGUUUAGGAUAGGUCGUGUGUUGAGACUGAUCAAGGCGGCAAAGGGCAUCCGGAAGCUGCUGUUUGCUCUCAUCAUCUCCUUACCAGCCCUGAUCAACAUCGGCGCUCUGCUGUGUCUGAUCAUGUACAUUUAUGCCAUCAUCGGGAUGUCAGUGUUUGGUAACAUGAAAAUUGAACUUCCGAUGGAUGACACUGUCAAUUUCCAAACAUUUGCCAACAGUUUUGUGCUGCUUCUGCGUCUGUCAACAUCAGCGGGUUGGAACGACAUUUUGGAGACCAUGUUUUUAAGUGAACCAGAUUGUGACCCUGACUUUGCCACUCGUCCAGACGGAGUGUCGCGUUUCAAGUACUCCACAGGCGACUGUGGUUCUCCGGCGUUUGGAGUGUUUUACAUGGUUUCGUACAUUCUUAUCAUUUUCUUAGUGGUGAUAAACAUGUAUAUUGCUAUCAUCCUGGAGAAUUUCAACCAAGCCCAUGAGGCAGAAGAAGUAGGAAUAACAGAGGAUGACUUUGAUGAAUUUUAUGUGGUAUGGGAGAAGUAUGACCCUCUAGCUACCCAGUUCAUCAAAUAUGAACAUCUUUCUCACUUUGUUGGGGAGCUAGAUCCCCCAUUAGGUAUUCCAAGACCUAAUGAAAUCGCUCUAGUGGCAUUUGAUCUUCCAAUUGUUGAAGGAGACAAAAUUCAUUGCUUGGACGUGUUGAUAGCAUUAUGUAAAAAUGUGUUGGGCCGAGUGGAGGAAACGGAAGAAUUCAAGGAGCUGAAGUCCCAGAUGGAAGAGAAGUUCCAAGAAACCUUCCCAACACGUGUCAACACAAGUAAAACAUCGAGUACGAUGCAGAAAAAGAAAGAAGACGUGGCUGCAAAGACAUUACAGCGUGCCUGGAGAACAUUCAAAACUCAAAAGCAGCUCCGAAACCUCACCAAGAUGGCACUGCAAAAAGCAGAGGCCGACGAAAAUGAUAAAAACUCUAAAACCAGAGGUGCAAGUCUUGCUAAUCUUGGCAAGCGCCUCAAUAGUGCUUUAAGCAACUUCUUCAGCUCAUCAAGGCCAAGUAGUGCAACAAGCAGACACAGUAUCAAAAGUCAAACUACAUUGACCACCCCAGGGAAUUCUCAGAGGAUGUCCAAAAGUACUUUACAAGUGCCGGCCGUGGGUCCCAUCUAUCCAACAAAAGGAUCAGAUAAAGAGUUGGAAUUAUGAUGUUGUUGAAGUGAAAAAAUAUGGUGCAAUUUCUUUUAGUACAUAGUAGUUGGUUAAUACAACAGGCACCUCUAGGGUUUCUCUUCAGAGUGCUGCAUAGAUAUCCACAGCCGGGCACUUCUGUGUGAAGUAAAAUGCAAAUGUCAGUAUUUAUACAAAGAAUCUUCGUAUUCAUACAAAAUAGCUUUACAACAAAAGAAACUCGUGCAGUGCACAUAGCCUGCAGGGUUUUAUCGGGCGAGUGUGAAUCCCCAGAACUGACCGCUAUACCCAGGCAGAGGGUGGGUUUCAUGAAGUCCUUCGUGUGAAUUAUUUCAAUAUUCACAAAAAGUUGUUGUGUCAAAAUUCACUGAUGCCAAAAACUUAUUGAUCAAAAUGUGAUAAAACCUGAAGGCACUCUUGAAUUAAUUUGUCCUGUUAGAUUGUGCAUUGUUUCUCAACGAAAAAAAAAUAACUAACUAAGCAUGUUAACCAUUUAUGCUCGUUUUUAUUCAUUUUGUCCAAGUUUGCUUUGUUUGCAAUUAGUGAUGGACGGGUUGUCAGUGACAAUCUAGAAACAAACAAAUCGCAGAUCGUCUUCCUCUGUCAAUGAUUGCUUAUAAUUACUGUUGUUAAUUCUUAACCCUUAAUCUACAAUUUUUCUUGUCCAUACUUUCUAAAUUGACCAUCCUUCUGCUUGUUUGAGCAGAGUUAUGGAUGGAUGAUCAAAAGAUUUAUUUUCUUACAAAGGAUUCUUUACCUUUAUAAUGUGCCCACUUUGUCAAUUGACAGUAAAAGUUUUCCGAUUUUCCAUCACUAAUUGCUAUAACAUUUGUGAGUGAUUGAUACUUGUGAGGUGUGCAUUGUUCUCUGAAUGAUUGUGUAGUGUAGACUGGAAACGUUUCUGUCAGUAGAAAUGGUUGAGAGCAGAAACAAAAUUCAGGUUACUCAUUUUGUUGUUUAAGAUCAAUUGUGUAUCAUUAAGCUUUAAAUUUAUCUGAGACUUAGAAAUCCCCCUGAUUCUACUGAUAUCUAAGUUUAUCUUGGUAACAUGCUUUGAAUCAAAAUUAUUUGAAUGAAAUUUUUAAAGUUUUUUAGUACAUUUUCAGGAAGGUAUAUAAAAACUAUUGUCAAUGGUGUAGUUUUUUUCCUAUAUUAGGAACAGGCUAGGAACAAUGCACAGUAGACAACCAUUCCUGCCAUCUUUUUUUUUACUGCAUUAACAGACAGAUUUCACCAAAAAUCGUAUCUAAUAUGGAACCAUGAAACUGUAUCAAAACUCCUACAGUUGAGUAAAUGUGACUUAUAGUGUAAGGGUUAUUUCCCUUUUAAUUAAUGAAUGCAUCAUUAGUUAAGCUCUACAACUCAGUUGAUCCUUGCAUAAUGAUAAAUAAUAGAAAUUUUAUAGAAUCAUGAAACUUCACAUCAAAAGACAUUUAACUAAGUGGAAUGGAAGCAUGUCAUGACACAAAAUUUCGACAGGGCAAAAACUUGAUUAAAAAAAGUGAGAGAAAUUAGAUUUUUCUGUUGGACAUAUCAGUUGGCCUUUUAAUUUGGAUUUGAUGUUGUACCUAUGUAGUGGACAAAAUGAUUUGGUGCAUCAAUACGAAUGUUCAGUAUUAUCUAAUGAUAAGAGUACUGUGAUAAACUUAUGCAGAAAAAUGACUGUUACAUAUUAUUAUAUCACACACCAAGUUACGUCUGCUGGUCUGACCAUCAUGCAUUUAGAAUAUUCCAAUGUAUUUUCCCCCUACCCCACCCCUCAUCCUAGUCCCUACCCCUCAGAGAUGUGAUUUGAAAUGAGACAUCCGUCCACAUUCAUGAAGUUGCAUUGGAAUUUCAAAAUAUUUUUUUUUUAUUUUCAAUAUUUUAUGUUUGUUAUUUUACAGUUGUUUAAUAUAAUAUUGAUUUACAUGGGCGCUGUUGAGUGUUUGAAGGAAAAAGCUGAACAUGAAUGUAUAUAUUAUUAUUAUUAAUCCUAUACAAGGAAGAUGUUGAUAUUGAAUGUGAUAUUUUUUUUUUGUUAUCGCCUUGUGCAACUUGUUUUUUAUCUAACUGGGUUAUAAAUCACACAUACUGUAGUUUAUAAUGGCCCCGGUUUUGUGUUUGAUGAGAGGUUCGUCAGAUAUCUGCAUUUAGAAAUUGAUUUAAAAAAUCCUCCCACUAUCCCCCUUUUUUCUUUUUCUCUCUCUAUCAAAUGUUUAGUUGUGAAUACCAUUACUCAUUCCCUAAUGUUACACAAAAGUCAAAUGUUAAUUAAGAGGCCAAAUGUAGAUUUGAUUUGUUUUUUUUUUAAGCUUCACAAACUGUGUUUCUGAGGACAUAACAUGUUUGUUCUGAAUUCCCUGUUCUCUUCACAUCUUUAUAAUUUUCAUCACAAGCCAAACUGGCAUAUGUCAACUUUUUACCAAAUAAAUUGUUUUGCAUUACA